AAUACAAAGUAGUCUUGAUGGGACAGCGGCGUGCGCCGCACCGUGAGUCGCUGGUCCGCGCGCGUCAAACCUAUAUCGCUCCGAUACACGCACACCGCGCUCCCGUGAGUAGCUCGUGAUAUAUACAUACGUCCGCGCGCUAUGUGCCGUCAGUGUGUGUGUGCGUCAAGGGAUCCUAGAUGACUGUGGGAACAGUGAGUGACACUUGUGCGGCGAAGAAAUGGAAAAGAUAGAGUUCCGUAGGCUUAGGCCGGCUGAAAGGGCGUCGUAAACUUUAAUGAAGACAGCGAUUCGCGAUUUACGAACUCGCGCAUCAUUACGCCACGGCAUGACGAAGCCGCUUUGUAACGUCGACGACCACCAGAUGCGACUUGAGAAAAAUUCCUUGUUCCGGAAAUAUGAAACUCUCGGUCACGUGGGGAGUGGUUUAAAAAUCCCAGGAAUGUUACUGGGCGGUGCUUGCUUCAGCCACGGCCCUUACACAUUUUAUAAAGCGGUAAGGAUAGGUAACGGACGUGUCCUUCGUCUCGGCAGUUUCUUCCUGACGAAACUGUGGAGCGAUGCCGACCUCGUCAGCAUCGGCGAGCUCCAACUGCUCUGGAUGGACAGUCGCGGACCGAAUCAGCCUCUGGCGUCCUUGCGGCUUUAUUUCUUACCUGAGAACACGCCGGACGGCAGGAGGGACACGCAUGGAGAGGACGAAGUGCUGACGAUUUCGGAAAAGGUGGUCGUCCGUGUCCACGAUUUGGUCACGUGGCUCUCGCCUACAUUGGAGUGGUCAUGGGGUCGAGAGGUAUCCUAUCCGACGACCCCGAUGUCGUCCCCGGAGACUAGCCCGCUUAGAUACGAAAUGCCGCAGCCGCAAGUGCUGACUGAUCCGGGAAUCGAUUUCUCGGACGUCGAUAAACAGCAGAAGGAAUAUGAGAGCAACCUAAAUUCUACUAAGAAGUCGGACUGCAACUUUCAAACGAAGGUGGUGGUGCUCUCGUAUCCGAGGUAUUGUCGGUACCGGGCACUCUUACGUAGGCUCGAAGGCGCCGAACCCUCCUGGCUUUGCUCAUCUAUCGCGGCCGCGUUAGGAGGUUUCACCGCGACGCCGGGCACCAGGGUGCUCUUCUGCAGAGACACAUUCGACUACCCCGAUCUCGAGACUCACGAGCUGUUAUGCAAUCAUUUAGCACCAAAAUUAAAAGGUAGACCGCGAAGAAAACGCAAAAAGCGCAGCACUUCGCCGGGUGAAUCCUCGAACGAGAGCGAAGCUUCGGUAGCGUCGACGUCGAAGAGCACGCCGGCGACUACCAGCACCAGUCUGGUGAUACCCACGGUCGGGAGGCCACCUUCGUCCGCAAUACGGCGGAGCGAGAGGAAAACUAGCGUUGAGGAAAAGAAGUUUAUCACGGACGUGCAGAGUUUUAUGAACUCUCGGGGUACGCCGGUCGGAAAGAUGCCACUGCUGGGCUACAGGCAGAUCGACCUGUACCUGUUCUACACAAAAGUGCAAAUGCUCGGUGGUUACGACUCUGUCAGUGCUGGUCGCCUUUGGAAGACCAUUUACGACGAUAUCGGCGGCAACACGGGUUCCACUAGUGCAGCAACUAUCACACGUAGACAUUACGAAAAAUUGUUAUUACCUUACGAGAGGUAUCAGCGAGGCGAAGAGACAACAGUGAGACUGAAUCACGGACGACGUAUUAAGAAUAUAAGCACGUCCGAGGAUUUGGAAAUCAAGGAAGAACCUAGCGAUCCGUAUUCGUCGGAGACACCUCCGCCUGUAGAAGCAAUUUCUGCGACCACGACACCACCCUUGCAGCCAAUAAUGUCAGCAGCAGCGACGACUUUGCUUUCGAAUGAGAAACCCAAGACAGAGACGGGCAAAAUAUCCUCGUUGCGUAGUGUACGAGUGAAGCCGGAACGCCUCAAGUCCCUGAAUACAAUGAUCGCUAAUAGCGCAACACCUUCCAGCCAAGCUAGCCAACUGCCAAGUCCACCGCCAUCCUCCAACACGUCCACCUCGACACCCAACAGCACACCCUCCACAACGCCUACCAACGGUACGGGCAAUAAUCAGAGCGUCUUGGAGAGGCAACUCAACAGUCCUUUGAUAUCCCAACAAGUACCACCAUCGUGUUCGCCACCGGGCUUGCCCGUGACCAGCGUAGCGACGAACGCGUCAACCGUCGUCACUCUAACUCCACCGCCGGAGAAAGAUAUGAAAGAGAUUAAGCUAGAUUCGAAGCAGACAACCAUACUGGCUCAGGGCAAGGAGAACAUACCAUUGUUCGGCGGUGAGAAACCUUUUUUUACGGAAAAGACGAUGGUACCGCCUGUCUCUAGGUCGCCCGAGGUGAUUGAUCUCGAGAAUGAGAGCGAUACGAGUCGGGACAAAAUAAUCAUUCCCAGCUUUAAAAAACGCAAACUUGAGAUAUUGCGAGAAGGUGGGCUAGAGGUUACCGCUGUCGAUCUAGACACGCGGCCGAGUGUUAUUCAGAGCAGCGUCACCGCGUCAUCGCAGCAACAGCAACAGCAGCAGCAGCAGCAGCAACCGCCACCAGCCACGAUGAGGUCCGUCGAGGAGAAACAGCCGUCGAUCUUGCCGUAUCCCCAUCCGGUCACGCCUAACUCUAUUCCGAAACUAAUAUCCGUCACCGUGACACCGGACAUAGGACACAUGUUGCCAUCGCCGCAAGAACAUCAAACUCAUCAGUCGCGAAUUUCAGCGGUUAAGCAACCAGCUCAUCAUAAUAACAACAACAACAGCACGAUGAACAACAAUAACGUGAUGAAUAGUCGGGUGAUAAAUCUCGGUAGUUCGAAUAACGCCGCGCUGCUUCAACUGUAUGCGAACGCGAAUGUCGUACCGCCUACCGCGGCGACGAUUCCGCAGCAAUCGCACAAUCGCUUCCUUCCGCCAAACGUUCCGAACGGCAGAUUGCUACCGCCGAAAGUGACGCAGUCGAGGUCGAUAUUCGUGCACAACGAAAGGACCGUUUAUGGAAAUCCGAAAGAAAUCCUCAUCCCUCCAAAGUAUCAUCGUUCGUUGCAUCCACAUCAGCAGCAGCAACGCUCGCAGCAUCCGCAGAUGAGUGGCGGCAACGAUAGCGGACAAGGAGGUGUACUCGAUCUGACGCAGAAACCUAACGAGAAACCGACGUUCCCCAGGCCCAGCCUGGAAAUAGUAAGAGUACCUGUAGUGCCGAGGCCUAAUCUUUUGAAUAUGGAAAUGCGGAAUUCACCCGUGGCCAAGGACAAACCGUCGGAUAGACCUGCAGUCGACUGCACGAAGCGAAUACCUUUCCCCGCCUAUCAGAACGUAAUCGAUAGUCGAACAAUUGCUUCGAAUAACCUCGAAAUCACACUGGUGAAUCCAAAGCAAAAGAAUAAUCACCACCUGAAUACGGCACCGUCUCACGUUCAGAUACCGAGUCCACCUAACAAGAGUAGUCUGAUGGGAACGAUAAAUAACGCGCAUAGGAGGCACCCGCAACCGCAUCAAAUGAACGGGAAGUAUCCGACAAGAAACGAACCGGUCUCGCCAUAUACACCGAGGAAGUCGAAUCAUCCUGUCAUACCCAACAUACCUAAUUUAAAUCACCUGAAUCAUAGUGGAAGUCCGUCGUACCCUAGGAUGCAGGCGACGACGAUGCAGCAACAACAGCAGAUGAGCAUCGACAGGAGGAAAGCGGCCGCAGAAGCCGCCAGGGAUCAUCAACAACGUAGGAUCAGCGAGGGUGAGAAAUCCUUGGCGGCGCAGCAUCAGCAGCAACAGCAACAGGAUUGCAGAAGCGAAGUCGGCCGACGACACAGUUUACCAAGCAUACCGUCCGGCUUCGUGCCGACAGUACCACAAAACAAUUCCGCCGCUUUUCCGUUUGCGCAAAUGCCAAACGUGCCCGGCAAGUUCCUACCGAUGCUGGACCCUAUGUACUACUCGUUUUACAACGGCUUACUCCCACCGCCGAUUCCGCCCACGCCCACAGCCGCGGCCGCCGCUGCGACGUCGUUUUUGUCGCCAGAACUUAGCGCGUAUUACAAUGAACUAUUCGCUUCCUCGCAACCAAGACUGACGGGGAUGACGGGGCAGCCGCCGCCGCCGCAUCAGCAGCCGGCUGCCCCAACGUCUAAGUAGACAAUGGGAUCUCAACAUGUAGGGUUUCCGGUAUAGCGAAGGAUGCUUUGAUUACUAGAGAGAGACAAGGAUCCGUCGGACUUCGCUGAUAAUGAUAAGAGUGAAAGAGAGCGCAUUGAGAUUACCUAUGUUCAGUUAUUUGGUUUUUAUUCGAUUAGUUGUAACGAUGGCGACGAAAUUAUUCACAGUGUUCGUUCAUGGUAGAACAAAAAUAGUCCCAUAGAAUCUCGCACGAAGAAAAUGGAAUUUUGAUAGGCUGGAACUUCAGAAGAUAAGAUAUCUUCAAAAUUAUGUCUUGCGUUUUUCAUAAUUGCGGAUAUUUUCCGCAAUAGAUUACGUGGUUUAUGAGUUGCAAUAAUACGUUAAUCAUAUUUUUAAUGUUUUAUCCAUUUACUUGAGAUUCUAUAGAGAGGAUUAUCUAUAUUUAAAAAACCCUGUGAUAAAAAUACGACAAUGUAUUACCAUUCAAGCAGGCAGUUGAUGGAAUAUUGCCACAGAAAAUCGUUAUUUUUAUAUGUUUAUUUUAUGUAAAUCGUUUACGCGUGUUUUUGAGUUUCAAUUGGUGUUGCGAGACAAAAGAAUCUAAUUUACACUUUAAGUUUACACUUUCAGUGUCAUAUUAGAAUUUUCAAGCAUUUUGUUAGAUUCUAAAAAUAAUUAGUUUUUUCUUUUUUUUAACGCGUACAAACACAGAUUCUCGUAUGUAUCGUUAUUGCUGAUUCCAAACCCGUGGGUUUUUAUUUUCACUUUUUGUUUUGUAAGAUAUAUUUUGAUUUAUUUUGGAUAUAUAUAUUAUGUGAUAAAUCAACUCAAAGGAAAAACAAAUUUAAAGAAAUAUAGCGAAUGUUCAGCCGGCGGAUCAUCGGAACGUAUAACUGUUUACUGUGUAAUGGUAAAUCUUAUGUAGUAACGCUCGCGAAAACCCUAUGUACUGUAUAAGUUAGACAAUUUUCAUUAUAAUAAAAAAGGAACAUUCGUACACAAUCACAUACACACCGAUCUGUAGUCACCUUUAACAAUAUAAGCGCACGCUUGCAAUGUUGUAGCAGCGACAUGUAUAUAGUGUAUAUAAUCACAUAAAUCAUUAAGCUAGAUAAA